UGUCCUCCUUGGAUUGGGUUCAUUAGCAUAACAACAGAUCCUGUCCCCUGCUGGAACCUUUGCAGCUUUCCCUUUUUGGGUUCACAGUGUGGGGCCAACCCGAUGGAAUUCACCCACCAUUGAUAUGCAAACGCUGCCUACCCUACCAUGGGUCCUGGCUUUUGUGUGCCCAAAGCCAAUGGGGUACUGAAAAGGGGGACCUUGUUGACAAUGGGGGUGGCUUUAUUUUUUUCUCAGCGGAAAAACUGCAGGCAGUGAGCUGCGUACAUGCAUCCUGUUGCACAAUGACGGACUGAUGAUCUGAUGCCUGCACAGGCCAGCGAUAUUCAUGAGGACGGGUCUAAAGAGGACCAUGCUCUCGUAGUGAAAGUUCGGAGAAAUAUUUUUUCUUAGAGACGGACGGUAUUUCACCGCUGGCGUCACAUCUCCCUGACAGGAAAUACAUUGGUCGGGCCGUCUGUCUUGAGAUUUAGUCCAAUAAAACUGGCUGGUUAUAUACACAUGUACUCUCAACACUGAACUGGUGCAUGAUAACAAGACCUGUGGAUUGGGUAUCAAAGAACAAUGUUGUAUCAAUUCUGCUGUGAGGACGCAUCACCAUGGCUCCCAAACAUGCAUUUCUUCAGAUGUUGCUACUGAUUGGAGUGUACAUCCAACUUCCACCGUGCUCUGCACAGAUCCCCACCAUAUCCAACAGACGCACCACUACGCCGACCCCUGCCAUGACCACUCCGCAAGUCCCAACAACUCCUAAUGUCCCACAAAUGGAGACAAGCCCUGCCACGCAACCCAUGCCAGUUACCUCAAUGCAGUCCAGCCCAAACCCGGCAACGGCACCGAGUGCUACGACACUAGCUUCGCCAGACCCCUCUACACAAGCAAGAACGGAACCCCCAACGCAGCCUGCCCCAACAAUGGCCCCAACCGCGCAGCCACCAACAACCCAAACAAUGCCACCGACCGUGCCUCCUACAAUACCGCCAACAGAACCCCCACCGCCACCGUGCCCAAGCAGGUGCACGUGCAGCAUGGCAGCACGUACUGUGACCUGCGAGCAAAAAGGUCUGACAGGUAUUCCCCCCGACCUCCCAGAGUACACCCAGACACUAUACCUCAGCAAGAACACCUUCAACAUUCUGCCACGGGGUGCCUUCGGCCACCUACCCAAUCUGAUCAACCUCCACCUGGUCUCCUGUGGGAUUCUGUCCAUAGCGGACGGGGCUUUUAAUGGCCUGCACCACCUCCGAGUCCUGAACUUGAGAAACAACCAGCUCACCUCGGUCGACCUGGUCCUUGGGGGGAUGCCAGAGCUUGAAACCCUUGACCUUGAGCACAACCGGUUGAGCGCGUUGUCCGAGAAUGUGCUCAACAAUCUCCCCAAUCUCCGCACCCUGCACAUCGGAAGCAACAUGGGCCUCCGUGAUAUCAGCAUUGGAGCUUUCGACUCGAAUCCCAUGCUCAGGAGUCUAAGUAUCUCCUACUGUGCUCUCAGCCGGCUAGACCCGAUGAUGUUUCGGAACUUGACACUGCUGGAAACCUUGACCUUGUCGGGGAAUCCGAUCUCCCAGAUUCCAUCUGGCGCCUUCCAGCACCUGUCUUCCCUGCAGGAGCUUCUGCUGUCCAACAUGGAACUCUCAAGUCUCAGCGAUACUGCCUUCCAAGGCCUCUUGCAGUUGAGGAUCCUGAACCUGGCCAACAACCGUCUGACCAAUUUAGACAUUCCCACAUUGACGCCCCUGACUCUACUGACAACUCUGGUCCUGGCCCAGAACCCCUGGAACUGCGGUUGCAGCAUGGGCAACUUUAUCAACUGGCUCAAAAACACCUCUCUCCACCAGAUUGAUUACUAUACAACGCAGUGGAAAUGCUACACCCCUGAGUCCCUGCAAGAAAGGCUGGCUUACACAAUCCCACAAGAGGAUUUUGCCUGUAUACCCAUAUUCACCCUCACGCCAGACAGCAGAGUCAUCAGCUACCAUGAUUUCACUGUCUUCCAGUGCACUGCACGAGGUGAUCCCACUCCUGAAAUUGAAUGGUACCAGCCAGAUAACUCCAAGGUCUCCACCACAAGCAACGCCGAGAAUGUGUACACCAGUGAUGACGGUACAGUCCUCAUCAUCCAAAGGCCAGAAGCAGUCAACAGCGGAAGAUAUAACUGCACAGCUAGAAAUAGCAACGGUGCUUCAUCCAAAACAUUCUCUCUAACUGUGACAGGUAUACCGACAACCCCUGGUCCGACAACCACAGGCGAGCCAACCUCCGUAACCACUGGGCUACCCCCGUGCACCUUCGCAUCCAUUCAGGUGAAGGUGGGCGAGAUCACAGACACUACCAUUAAGAUGGAGUGGACAGGCUACAAUGACCCUUACCUCAAAGGCUACAUCAUACAGACCACAGAGUUUGGGUCAUCCCAGUCCACCAUCAAGCUGGCUGGGGAAGCAGACAUGUCAUUUGUGGUGACUGAUCUCACCGCCGGAACAAACUAUGUCGUCUGCGUAACUGUUUUCCUGGAGAUGUGCCCAAGCUACACCACCUAUGAUCAGUGCGAGCAAGUGACAACUGGUGGAAAGACUGAUGAUGGCAUUGCAGCGCUGGUGACCAAGCACCGUAACGAGAUUAUCGGCACGGCCCUGGCCACAUUCUUUGGCACCCUGUUUAUCCUGGCCUCCAUUUUUGUCAUCCUGUGGCAGUAUCGCAAGCCCAAGUCCUUCACCGGGUACGACUUCAAGACCACACAGGACACGGUGCAGUUUGCUGACUUGGAGAUAGGUGAGAGCAGCACAGGACAGAUCUCAAACCAGCAUAUAAGGUACACUGGUUCCCUCACCUAUGAUAACCGAGGGGCGGUGCUACCAGAUGAGGAUGAACAGUUGAACAGGAAGCAGCAGGUCCCAACCAAAAGCCACGAGGCUGAAGUGUACUCCAUUCCACCUGAUGCUCUUUACUCCAUCCCGGAGACCAAGGGGAAGAGCAAGGGGAAAGGGAAAGGGAAAGGAAAGAGGGGCUCCCAGGCACCGCUCAUUGAGAUACCGCUGGACCAGUGGGAUGAGAACAAGAGAAGCAGUGACUACAUGGUGCCCACCACACCCACCAACGAUGCAGACGCACCUGUCUUGGAGGCCAAGCUGGUGGACCAGGACAUCAAUGAUGGGCCAGAUGUUGGGGAGUUUGGCCACCUCUACGAGGAGCUCGACAGUCCCAAGUGUGACUGCGACCCUGUCAUCAACGGAAUCAUCGAGAGCAACGGACACAUGCCUAAUCAUGAUCACUCGGUGACAAACGGACCCAAUUCCGGCAAAGUCCGAUUCAGUCUGCCAGAGGAUGAGGGCAAGACGCCAGUAGCUAAUGGCAGUUUGACCAAACAAGACAUACUGAAAGUGUAGAUACAAACAACGAAAAAAAAGGAGAGACUAACGCCAGUACAUAAUGAGCACACAGUGCAUGUCUGAAUAUUUGAAUACUUUCAUCACAACACAUGUACAUGAGGCAGUUCUCAGAGACAGACCUAUUGAACCCCCUUUGUAUAGGUAUGGUCAUACUCAAAACUGUCCACGCGUAUACACUGUAUUAAAUGAAGCAAGCACAUGGGUGAUUUUUCCAAACCCGAGGUUCAUUUCUGGUCUUCAGUGGUAGAAUUUAGUCUCUUCAGUGCUAGACUCUCCAGCACAUGAGACAUGAGACUCUCCAGCCCAAUGCGCUUGGGUCAUUUAUACUGGCACUAGAAGCAAACAGUUUGAAAUGAUGGUGGAGGCGCAAAGGAAGACGGAGUGGGAGAGGAAGUCAGGAAGAAGGAAACCGGCCAGAUAUUAUGCACAACAAGUCUCUCAGUGGGGAAAAAAAGACAUCAUUAAGAGAGGAUGCUUGAGGAACCAUCAACCUAUUUUUCCCCACACACACCUGCAUUUCUCUUUCAACAAAAAUGUUGCAGGGUUUAUGAACAUUAAGUUGAAAACUAGCAGCAAUCACACUGAGACGGUGCUGUUUGCACUGGCCAAAACAGAGCAUGUCCGAUUCUCCCAAACAGGGUAACAGAGCGUGUGCUUUGGAGUUCAUGCAGGGUGUCAACAUUUAUUCCAAAGGGGUUCUUUUUCACAUCUUGGGUACAUGUUCAUCUGUUUCUGCUCCACUUAACCCGACUUUGGGGGGUUUCCUUUAACCAAAAAGGUCAUAUUUUGCCAUAAAAACAUGCACAGACCUGUGUGCUAUCAACCCAAUGGUGGCAGUAUGUCAUGCAGAUAGAUCAUUACACUAGCGGUUCGGAUGUCAAAGCUUGAAACAAAUGUGACAUGAAAUUUGAGAACCCUAACUGCGUUUUACGUCUGUUCAACAAGAUGUGUUACCGUAAUUUUUAAAUAUACACUGUGUAAUCAAACAAUGGGUAACAUAUUACACAACUUACAUGUACGUUGAGAAUGUAGCUUUUGAUGCUGGGCUGGUUCUAGAAAAAUGUGCAAACUGUAGCCAACAAAUAACUUAGUUCAAUUCUACAGUUGUUUUGAAACUUUGUGUUAUUAUCAAGAAAAAGGAUAACAUACAUCUUUGUGAUCAUUUGAAAACUUUUUUGUUUAACAGAGCCAUAUUGUUUAAUGUUUUGUAUUGCUGUACAAAAUUCUUUUCAUUUUUUUUUUAUUGGGGAUAUAUUCUGUGUCAAUUUUCAUCCUAUUUAGUAAGUUCCCAGUUCUUUAGAAGGCACUGUGAUAGAUCUGUAAAUAAGCUUAUGAUGAAGUGUAUUAUUUCUCGGGUUUUGUAAUGUAAGAAAUCAUAAACAAGUGUUAAGGUUUUAAAUUCUGUAUAAACAUGUACAUGUACGUUUUGUACCGAUACCAUAUUUUUGCACAUGUACAAAUGUUGAGCUGCAUGUAUCCUUAUGAGCCAGCAGAAUCUUGUUUAGAUCUAGCAAAUUGCAUAGAUCAUUAUGUCGUUUUCUUUAAAUGCUUAUGUGCUCGAGUUUCAAAUUUCAAUUGUACGGAAUUUGUGCAGGCAUGAAAAUUCCAACCAAAAAUGAUUUCCAGAUUUAAUGUGCCCUAUCGUCAGUCUUUGUACUUUCAAUCUGUCAUUUCACUGCGCAAGUACUCACGCCCAAAUAAUACGUGCAGUUGAAACUGCAAUUGUGCCAUCAAUCUGAAUUGAAUCUAGAACUGCGGCUGCGUUUGUUUCCCGCAGACCCGUCGUUGGUUUACAGACACCAAAUCUUGCCAAAUGGGUGGUGCGAACCAGUGCAUAGAUCGCUGGUCGUGAUCCAGAUCGGUGUGAAACAAACAGGCCCGGAGAGGGGUGCAUUUUGAUGGAGAACACUCGCAUUUGUUCUGGGAUAAAUGAAGCCAUAAGCCCUGUUAUUUCACACUGCUUACGAGGUGAUCAAACUCAAAGUCCAAGGUGGGUUUUCAAACACUGGACAACAUUUGGAAUAAAUUAACAUGUAGUGGGAUGGGGUGAGGGGAAGUUGCGAAGGGGCGUUGGUAAAAACGAGAGGGAGCAUUCGGAAAGAUUAUAACAGCCUGUAAAUUUUAAACACUUCAAAAUGCGUAGAGCGCAUGCUGUUCGUUACUUCACCUUAUCCUUAAGAGUUAUUUGAAUGGUAAAUUGCAAAAUAAAAGCUAGCGCAUAAGCUCAUAUAA